UCUCACGGAUAACGGAGACAGCCAUACAUCUCCUCCCGGCUCCCUGCGCUCCCACUGCUGUCCCGGCCGGAGGACGGAGACCUGCACAGAGCUCAAGACUGUCCCCCGUGGAUUCUCUUAUUUUUCCGUUUUGAACUUUUCUGACUCCCCGAAAACUCGUGACGCCGUCUCGCUCUGUCACUACACCGCGAGAGACAUGGCAGAGAAGCGGCGGUCCCCGUGCGCACUGAGCGUCAAGGCGCACGCCUUCUCCGUGGAGGCGCUGAUCGGAGCGGAGAAGCGGCGCAGGACGGACGGAGAAGAUGCCGUGUCCCCCGCCUACGAGGACGGGACCGACGUCUCUGAUCUGACCGGGAGCCCGGUGCCGAGGGCUGACAGAGCGUGUACCAAGGACCAGGGCAGGGAGGCUGAGUGUGCGAGCGACGGAUCCCCGGAGAGCGAGGAUGCGCUGGUGGAGAGUCCGCAGCCCGCGCCCCUGUCCACGGCGCCGGUCACCGGCACCGGAGACGAGUCCCGUGUAGACCUGCAGGGAUCGGACCUGUGGAAACGGUUCCACGAGAUUGGCACGGAGAUGAUCAUCACCAAGGCUGGACGGCGGAUGUUCCCCGCAAUGCGUGUGAAGAUCACGGGCUUGGACCCACACCAGCAGUAUUACAUAGCCAUGGAUAUAAUCCCCGUGGACAACAAACGAUAUAGGUAUGUGUACCACAGCUCCAAGUGGAUGGUAGCGGGGAAUGCAGACUCCCCUGUGCCGCCCAGAGUGUACAUUCACCCGGACUCUCCAGCCUCAGGAGAGACGUGGAUGCGUCAGGUGGUCAGCUUCGACAAACUCAAACUGACCAACAACGAGCUUGAUGACCAGGGACAUAUCAUUCUGCACUCCAUGCACAAGUACCAGCCGCGGGUCCAUGUGAUCCGAAAAGAGUGUGGAGAGGAGCUAUCCCCAGUGAGAGCCGUUCCUGCUGGGGAAGGCACUCGCACCUUUUCCUUCCCUGAGACUGUGUUCACCACAGUCACGGCGUAUCAGAAUCAACAGAUUACAAGGCUGAAAAUUGACAGAAACCCAUUUGCCAAAGGCUUCAGAGACUCUGGCAGAAAUCGGAUGGGUCUGGAGGCUUUGGUUGAGUCUUAUGCAUUCUGGCGUCCUUCUCUGCGAACGCUCACAUUUGAAGACAUCCCUGGCAUGGCCAAGCAAGGAAUCCCAGGAGCUCAUGGAGGGGUUGGAGCAUCAUCUCACUUGUCCCCAUGCUCCUCUCCUUUCCAAGUUUGCCCUCUCAGCCCACCUGACUACACCUGCAGUCGACCUACACACCCCCUCCAUCGUUUCAGCAACCCCCCUGAGCCAUACCCCCCUCCCAGAGGUCCAUCGGCAUAUGACGGUGAAGGAUUCUGUUCCCUGCCUCUUCCUGCUUCUCAACUUGGCUAUCUAUCCAACCACAACCCGCAGGGUUACGCUGGUCUUCGCCUGCACACACCGCCCUACAGCCUGUACGGUUACACAUUCCCUCCCUCACCACGCCUCGCUGCCAGCCCUGAUAAAAUGGCCGCUGCUGCCACUGCCAAUCAUCAGAGUCCCUUCCUUGGCUCGUCUCCUAGUGGGACUCUAACGGACAGUCUGGGUGUGCUCAGUGGAGGACAGCAGGGCUUUUUGUUUGACUCUCGGACUUUAGGACUAGCAGGUACCCAACCUGGAGGUGGGGCCUCACAGGUCACUGCCCACAUGGGCUGAAUAUGAUACUGGGCAUCUAGGUUGUCACAAAAUGACACCCUGGAAUGGGUGUAAGUUGCUUUUGGUUGAGACAGUUCUACAAAUUAGACAUCCAUGUGCUGGACUGGCAUUGAGCUGAAGUGGACAAAGAGAAGUUUGACCGAUCAAGCUAUCUUUUCUGUGAGUAUGCAAGCUUGUCAAAGCUCCUUUAACUGAAGGAAAUAUUUUGUAUCUUUGAAGCAUGUCUUCUAUGACAUGCACGUGCAGCUGCAGUGUUCACUAAACGAAGAAAUAUCCUGCAGCUUUGAUUAAGGAGUCCAAGCAAUGCAACUCAGCGACUGAACUGGAACUGAAUAUGGAUAGGGCAGACAGAGAGCUGGCCCAGACACUCAAAGCAAGCACUUCAACCCCUGGCAGGAGGCCCUGAAGCAGUAUUAUACUCACACAGCAUUCUACAUGACCUCUAUGAUCUCCCCUACUUUUAAAGGAGUAAUUGAACACUAUUUUUUAACUUUCUUUUUAAAGGGAUAUUUUGACUAAUUUCCUUUAGUCAAUUAAAUUAUAUGUCUCAUCAAAUGCCUGCCAGUGUUCUUGAUCAAUUCUUUGAAUUAAAAAACAAACCCACUUAGUAAUAUGCACUACAGACAGGGUCUUUUCACCACUCAGAAUGAAACAAACAAAAGACCUCUACAAACAUCACCAGGAGCCUGGUGACAUCACUGCCAUAAGAAACCAAGGGAGAAAUGUCUGUGACAGUUAUGGACUGACAAGGUUAAAGCUGUGGCAGAGCGACCGAUGACGGACUGAUCUAUAAAUUCUAUGUCUGGUUUGACAGAUGAUGCAGCUGUUUGGAAGUCAGGCUGAAGAACGUCUUUCCUUAUGUGACACAGAUGUAACUGCACAUGAUGGCUCUGUAUAUAGCGGGAUGGAGAGAAAAGAUGUGUAUAUAAAGGGCUGUGUGACCCUUCGCACUUAAAAACCCCAACGCACCUGCUUCUGCUCUUUAGACUGUGUCAGGUACAGCCAGCCCUGAACUUGACUGAAAAGCUUUUUCUUUUUCUUUGCAAAUAUGGGCUAUAUCAGCACGCUGUUUGGCCAAGGACAUUAACGUGAUCUUUGACCUUUUUGAGCCAAAUAAAGUAUAUCUAUUCAUAAGACAAUGUUUAUAUGUAGCCUGAUCAAUAUUUUCUAAUUUAACUGAUU